GAAGGUAAUGGGCAGAGAUUAGAGCAUCCAAGGACUCAUCUCUCCUCCAAAAGAAAAGGCAAAGCCUCUCAAGCGCUCGUACUUUUCCUACAAAAGGACAGCUCAAACUGCCGAAAAUGGCGUGGAAUCCGUCUCAUCUCGACCCUUUCUUCAAUCUCUGAUGCAAAGAUCGAGCGAUUCGAGGCCUCCAAGGCAAGUUCUCGUGUUGAUUUUCACCAGCAAUUCUCUUUUUCGUCGCUCUUUCGAUUCGACGGUUUAGAUCUGACAAUUUCGCUGAGAUUCUACGUUUUCUAAAAAUAACGGUCGAAUUCUGCGUCACAUAUGCGUAUUUGUAGUUUUAAGGUUCUGGAUCUGGUGAUUUGGAUUGCAAUUGACGGAUUUUUAAUUCGACCAGGUCGAUCCUUUCGUCCCUGACGUGUUCUUGAUUCUUUAUGCUUUAACGGUUUGGAUCUGAUGAUCUUACCGGGUAUGAGCGAUUUGAGUCAGAAGCAUUGAUUUUCCAUGCCUUAAACUUGUGAGUUCGUCUUUAAUGGCCUGGUUUUGGUGAAUCCGACCGAGAUCCAUCAGGAUGGAAAAGGAGAGACGAUGAUGAUAUCUCUGCAGAUCUUUGGGCUCUGCAUUUUCUUUUCUCGAUCCAACGGUCAGGAUCUGAUAGAAAAGAUUCAAAGCAUUUGAAAUAAGAGCAUUUUUCUCAGCGAGCAGAAGAGUCUGUAUCGGUUAUCGAAUUUGAAUGGUUUAGGGUUUGGGUUUUGGCGAGUUUAGAUGGCGAGCAUUGGCACUUUCAAGAGAUCGGGCAGUAAUGGCAAGACGGCUCUCCUUUGGAAUCCUUCAAUGAAGGAAAUGGAGAACAGGAUCGAGGUCGAGAGAAGGGCUGGAGAAACGUCGUCGCCUCUUCGACCGGAACUCGAGUCGUUGACGGUGUCGAAGCGGCUCAUUAGAAGCAUUAGCUUCAAGUCAAAGAAGAAUGAGGAAGACGAGAGGAAUGAGAGAAGGUUCUCUUUCAGAUGUCUAGGAAUGUUUGGGAAAGGCGGUGGGUGUAAAGUCGGGGCCGAAAUGUGUGAGGACUUUGGAGAUGGAAGUGGGAGGAGGAAGUCGAGUGUCGGGGAAGAGUGCAUGGCCUAUCGUGCAAUUUCAGGGAUUGAAGAAGCAAGGGUGGAUUGCUUUUGGAGGAGGAAUAGCAGAAAGCUGAAAGAGAUCGAACCAGCUGCACCAAACAACGGAGUGCGGUUCUCUCUUCCAGAUGUUGGGGAAGAGUGCAUGGCCUAUCAUGCAAUUCCGGGGAUUGAAGAAGCAAGGGUGGAUUGCUUUUGGAGGAGGAAUAGCAGAAAGCUGAAAGAGAUCGAACCGGCUGCACCAAGCAAUGGAGUGCGGUUCUCUCUUCCAGAUGAUGUACUGGAAUUGUGUUUGGUGAGGGUUUCAUUGACAACUCUCAUGAAUGCUCGCCUCGUUUGCAAAAAAUGGAGGUCUUUGACAAGCACGCCUCAUUUCAUGCAGAAGAGGCGUGAGGGUUCAUACCAGAGCCCCUGGCUGUUUUUGUUUGGCCUUGUAAGAGAUGGGUAUUGCAGCGGGCAGAUACAUGCACUGGAUGUUGCGAUCGGUCGCUGGCAUCGGAUGGAUGCUGAUAUUUUGAAGGGUAGGUUUCAUUUCUCUGUGGCAAGUGUCGGGAAUGAUGUUUAUGUUGUGGGUGGUUGCUCUAGCUUGGCUAACUUUGGAAGGUUCGAUAAGAGUUCUGUAAAGACACAUAAAGGAGUGUUGGUUUUCAGCCCUUUAAAUGGGUCUUGGCGCAAGGUAGCAUCAAUGAAGGUGGUGAGAUCAGGGUCUGUUUUGGGAGUUUUUGAAGUUGGUUCUGGCUGCUCAAUCUUUCAUUCACAGCAUGAUCGGCAAGAUCGACGCUUUUCGAGGUUGCGGGUGAGUGGCGUAUUGGAUGUUUAUGAGGAUCCGCACAGGUUUUCCCUAAGACGUCAGCUUAGAGAUGCUUCAAAUGAAAGUGAGGCUGGUUCAUCAGAAUCCAGAAGAAAGCCUUGCAAGUUCGUCAAACAAGAAGAGGAUCAGUCUGUUGGAAAAGCCAGUAAGAGGUUGCUUCUGAUUGUUGUAGGAGGUCAUGGAUCCUGGGACGAGCCACUAGAUUCUGCGGAAAUUUACGAUCCUGUAUCUAAUAGAUGGAUGGACAUCGCUAGACUGCCUGAAGAUUUUGGUGUCGUUUGUUCUGGCACUGUUUGUAACGGGAUGUUUUAUGUUUGCUCUGAGAUCGGCAAGCUUGCAGGCUACAAUCUAGAAAGGGGUGUUUGGGUUGCAAUUCAGACUGCUCGUACCCCUCCCCGCCUUCGCGAGUACUACCCAAAGCUUGUUUCUUGCAACUAUCGGCUAUUCAUGCUCUGUGUUUCAUGGUGUGAGCGAGAUGGUCAGACAAGCUGGAGAGAGGAAGCUGUAAGAAAGCUUUGGGAGCUAGAUCCGAGAUUUAUGGCCUGGACUGAGGUCUCAAGGCAUCCAGAUGCCCCCAUGGACUCAAAUGCUGUAUUUGUAGCUGAUGGAGGUAGGAUAUUUGGAGUUGAGAUGUUCAAGAUAUUCUGUCAGGUAUUGGACUUUGUAACCGUAUGCAAUGUGUCUGAUUCGAACUUGAAGUGGAGCCAUAUUUCAAGGAAGCAUUUAGCACAUGAAGUGGAUGCUUCUUCUUGCACGACAAAGUCGAUGGCGGUGAUGCAUUUGUAAACUAUGCAGUGUCCUUGUCAACUUCCCAUUCAUAUACUUGUUUCAAGCAUCCUAUGUGAAGCCAUGGUAUUCUUUCAUUAUCAUUCUUUCUAAGUGGAGACUCUGUUUGUUGGCUCCGACAUUCGGGCUUGCAUUUGUUGAUUCAAAAAUUCGCACUAGAGGUAUGUUUCUUUUCAUGUACCUUGGUUAAUUUACCAUUGGAAGAAUUGAUUAUGC